AAAUACAAACAAAAUACAAUUUUUCUUUCUCUUUCCCCUCCUUGAAUAUGAACAAACAUGCCUUCUGUCAACAAUAAAACAUAUACUCAAAUAGACAACACAGAGAUCGAUGGCUCAGAUGCAGAUUCAUUGUUUAGCACUGGCUCACAUCACUUUGGAGAAGACGAUGAUCGAGAUGAUCAAACCCUAUUACCACUUACGCAUCAUGAUAAUAAUUCUUCUACUUCAGUAUUCAGUUUUGAAACAAUACCUAUGAUUCCUCUCUCGCAAACACAAGCAAGAGGCCCUGAACUUCAAAAAAAGGUAUCGUUUUGGAAUGGUCUAGGCCUAGUGAUAGGCAUGAUGAUUGGCAGUGGUUUAUUUAGUUCACCAGGCCCAGUACUAGAAUCAACAGGCUCUUAUGGUACAGCAUUAGUAGUGUGGUUUAUUUCUGGUUUAUUAGCAUUAUCAGGUGCUUUAUGCUAUGCAGAAUUAGGUACAAUGCUACCUAUGAAUGGAGGAGAAGCAGUAUAUCUUAGUAGAGCAUUUGGCAGUUUGGUCUCUUUUAUGUUUGAAUUUGUUACUAUUGUGGUGCAAAAGCCAGGUAGUAUAGCUAUUGUAUGUAUUGUGUUUGGUGAAUAUGUGUCUCGUAUUGCAUUCCACACUUAUUUCUUUAAUGUGCCUCAUGAUUCGGAUGCUUCUGUUGAACUAGCAGAUGCUGUGAUUCCUAAAUUCCUACCCAAACUAUUGGCUGUUGUUUGCUUAAUGAUAUUAACAGCCAUUAAUGCAUUAUCUGUUCGGGCUGGGAUCCGAGUACAAGAUAUAUUGACAGUGGUCAAAGUACUGACAGCCAUUGUGAUAUCUGUUAUAGGUGUUGUUGUACUAUCCAACAAAGGUCUGGUGGUUGGCACUAGUUUACAAGGUGAUCCAUUUAAGGGUAUUGAGUCGAUUAGUUUUGGACAAUUUGCUGUUGCAUUUUAUUCUGGGCUUUGGGCUUAUGAUGGCUGGAACAAUCUGAACUAUGUGUCUGGUGAAAUGAAAGACCCUCAUCGUGAUUUACCUCGCGUUAUCAUCUUUGGUAUUCCUCUGGUGAUUGCUUGUUAUAUGCUAUCGAAUGUUGCUUAUUUAGCUGCCCUAAGACCAGAAGUAGUGAUGCAUACAAACACAGUAUCCAUGGAUCUUGGCAAAAAAGUGUUUGGACCUACAGGUGGCAUUAUAUUUGCUGUUUGUGUUGCAUUCAGUUGUUUCGGGUCUGCCAAUGCAAGUGUAUUCACAGGAGCUCGAAUUAUUUAUGUGUCUGCCAAACAAGGUCAUAUCCCCAGUUUUUUCGGUAAACUGAGUCAGUCACGACAAACACCUAUUUUAGCAUUAUUACUUCAAGCUAUUUUGACAACCAUCAUGAUCAUGGUCGGUUCUUUUAGAAUGCUUGUCAAUUUCUAUUCAUUGUCUGCUUGGGUAUUUCAUUUUUUAGCAGUACUUUCAUUGUUGAUCUUUAGAUACACAGAGCCUGAUUUAAAGAGGCCUUAUCGUGUAUGGCUAUCAACCCCCAUCUUAUUCUGUAUGGUUGCACUGUUUUUGUGCACAACUCCGUUUAUAGAAGCCCCUUUAGAAAGUGCCAUAGCGUUGAGUACCGUACUUUUGGCUAUCCCGAUUUGGUUUGUCCAUGUUAAGUUUCGAUCAGCGUUUUCUAGAGCUUGGGAACGCUUAACAGGGCGAUUUUUGAAUCAAAAUCAAGGCUAUCAAGGCAUGGGAAUGACACAAAUAAAUGAACAUUGAUAGAAUAACUAUAUAUAUCCCUUUUAUUUAUUGUACAGUUGAACAACACAACCUAAUCUCCUUUUUUUUUCUGUCUCUUUAAAAUACUUGGUUAAACAAGAAAAAUAAAGUACAUGGGAGACGACAUAGAACGGUAAAUCGCCUUUUUUGAAGUCUGUCUCCUGAAUUCAGGAGUUGAGUAUAAACAAACCAAUGGUAGAUGUUGGACAAUCAUUUUUUUUUCUGGUAUAUAAGUUGGCUCAUUUGCAU